AUGGCGGUUGCAAUUGUAGCCUCGCGAUUCUCAUGCAAGGAGUUCACGAAAGCCCACCCGCAGGGCUUCCUCGGCCCCGAAGACGCGGGCACUCAUCGACACCUCUUUUACCCAGCCAAAGUUUCCUACCACCUUGGCCAACCGAUUCAGAGUUCCAAUAUCUGCAGCCACGCCAAUAUCAACUUCCUUUACCGCGAAUUGCACGUCUCUGGAGCAGAGCCGGAUAUCGGCUGCAGUGGAGAUCUCGAUGGCUAG